AGUUCUCUAUGAGUGACCGAGCGAGUGAAGGAAACAGUCAGAUCCAGUCGGACUUUAGGCGAGUGAACAUCUGAAGAGUGGAAGCUUCUCGCCUCAGCAUCAUCAGCAGAUUACAGGACCUUACAAUUCUUCUGUGAUAUGCAGCUGUAGACAUAAUUAAGAGAUAAUGGCAAGUUUCCUUCACCACAAUGGGGAAAUGGGGACCUCGACCCUCUCAGCCAGUGAUGUGUUAAACACUGGAAUCAAAGGACCUGCAAUCAACGUAAAUCAAGAUGAGAAGAUCGUCGGUGCCACGGUUCACUUGGAUCACCUCAGUAAAGAUAAAGCGCUGGAAGUACUCAAGAUCAUUCAUACUUACGAUGAGAACCUUGAAAUUAAGACCAAAGCCAGUGCAAAUACUGGAGUGAGAUUUGGUGAUUUAUUUUUGAAGGGUGACGCUCCAAAUCUUCAAGCCCCAUCAGCUGACAUCCAUGGGUUGAAUGGGAAUUUAAGUCUCCCAGGUGUCAAAGGUGGCCUUGCAGCUCCAUCUGUGAAUGGAGAACACCCACAGAUGCAACUGAAGGGCUCUACACCAGAGCUGACCGUCGGGGACGGCGGCAAGUUCACGAUGCCAACAUUCGGCAUGACAGGGCCGAAACUUAAAGGUGCUAAUCUAGACGGCAGCGUGUCUUCUCCAACACUGAACUCUCCAGAACCAUCCUAUACAACUCCUAAAUUCACGAUGCCGAACUUUAAGGGUAGUUCCCCUGAUUUAGACCUUAAUACACCUGAUGUAGGUGUGAAUUUGCCAAAUGCUGAACUGAAAGGCCCAAAUCUUAAUGCAGAACUCCCAGAUGUUGACAUCGAUGGACCCUCUGGCAAAUUCAAAGUGCCCAAGGCAAGCUGGGGUCUCUCAAAGCCUAAAGUGAAAUCACCAGAUGCUGACCUUUCUGUACCAAAUCUCAAAGCUGACAUCAAGACCCCAGGUGUGGAUGUGAAUUUACCUGAUGCCGAGCUCAGCAGUCCUGAAUUUGGCAUUGAUACCCCAAAUCUUAACACUGACAGCCCAUCUGCUAAAUUUAAAUGGCCCAAAUUUAAGAAACCCAAAGGAAAAGUGAAAGGAAAUUUAGGGGGCAUUGAUGCAGAUGUGAAUACUCCAGAACUCAAUCUGUCAGCCCCCAAAAUGAAUGCAGACAUCAAUGCACCAAACAUGGAUGUAGACAUGAACCUGCCCAAAGCUAAACUUGAAGGGCCAACCAUAGAUGGCAAAGCACCAGAUCUCAAACUCUCUGCACCAAAAGUAAAAGGUGAUAUCGGUACACCAGACUUAAACAUGAAAACUCCAGAUGUAGACCUGAAAACUCCCAAAAUUGAUGCUGAAGCUCGACCCAUUAAAUUCAAGCUACCCAGACUGUCCAAAUUUACUGGUUCUGGUGCAAAAGUCAAAGGACCAGAUGUAGAUGCUGAUCUUAAUGUCCCAGAUGUUGAUGUCAAUGGAGAUGUGAACUUGAAAACUCCCACAAUUGAUGCCCCAUCAGCAAAACUAAAGAAGCCACAUGUUAAGCUACCUAAAUUUAGUCUCACUGGCCCAAGAGUAAAAACACCAAAUGUUGAUGCAAAUUUGCAAACACCAGAUGUGAACCUACCAUCAGGUGAGUUCAAAGGGCCUAAUCUGGACCUAAAAGCACCCAAGAUUCAUGGUUCUCUAGCCAGUCCAGAUAUAGAUUUGCCCAAAGCUGAGCUGAAGAAUCCAAAUCUUAACCUUCAUGCAAAAUCACCAGCGCUCAACCUCUCUGUUCCAGAUGUAGAUCUGAACCUACCAAAAGGAGAUAUCAAGGGCCCUAAUGUGGAUCUAAAUGCCCCAAGUGUUGAUGCACCUUCUGGAAAGCUUAAGAUGCCACACCUCAAGAUGCCCAAAUUUAACGUCUCUGGACCAAAGGUCAAAGGGCCAAAUGUUGAUGCAGACCUGAAUGCACCAGACAUAGACAUGGAUCUACCUAAAGCAGAUCUCAAAGGACCUAAUCUUAACCUGAGUGCACCAAAUGUUGAUCUCUCUAGACCAGAUGUAGACCUGAGGUUGCCAAAGGGAAGUCUUCAAGGCCCUGAUGUAGAUCUGAACGUCCCAGAUGCCAACAUUGAUGCACCUUCUGGAAAGCUUAAGAUGCCACACCUCAAGAUGCCCAAAUUUAACGUCUCUGGACCAAAGGUCAAAGGGCCAAAUGUUGAUGCAGACCUGAAUGCACCAGACAUAGACAUGGAUCUACCUAAAGCAGAUCUCAAAGGACCUAAUCUUAACCUGAGUGCACCAAAUGUUGAUCUUUCUAGACCAGAUGUAGACCUGAGGUUGCCAAAGGGAAGUCUUCAAGGCCCUGAUGUAGAUCUGAACGUCCCAGAUGCCAACAUUGAUGCACCUUCUGGAAAGCUUAAGAUGCCACACCUCAAGAUGCCCAAAUUUAACGUCUCUGGACCAAAGGUCAAAGGGCCAAAUGUUGAUGCAGACCUGAAUGCACCAGACAUAGACAUGGAUCUACCUAAAGCAGAUCUCAAAGGACCUAAUCUUAACCUGAGUGCACCAAAUGUUGAUCUCUCUAGACCAGAUGUAGACCUGAGGUUGCCAAAGGGAAGUCUUCAAGGCCCUGAUGUAGAUCUGAACGUCCCAGAUGCCAACAUUGAUGCACCUUCUGGAAAGCUUAAGAUGCCACACCUCAAGAUGCCCAAAUUUAACGUCUCUGGACCAAAGGUCAAGGGGCCAAAUGUUGAUGCAGACCUGAAUGCACCAGACAUAGACAUGGAUCUACCUAAAGCAGAUCUCAAAGGACCUAAUCUUAACCUGAGUGCACCAAAUGUUGAUCUUUCUAGACCAGAUGUAGACCUGAGGUUGCCAAAGGGAAGUCUUCAAGGCCCUGAUGUAGAUCUGAACGUCCCAGAUGCCAACAUUGAUGCACCUUCUGGAAAGCUUAAGAUGCCACACCUCAAGAUGCCCAAAUUUAACGUCUCUGGACCAAAGGUUAACGAGCCUAACCUGAAUGCCAGUGGAGAUCUGAAUGUUUCUCUUCCUAAGAUUGAUGGAGAACUGAACACACCAGAUGUUGAUCUAAAUCUACCAAAGGCUAAAGUCAAUGCACCUGAUGUUGAUGUGAAAUUGCCCAAAGCUGAUGUUAAGGUUCCAGAUGUGGAUGUUAAAACUCCAGAAAUAGACGCCCCAUCUGGCAAGUUUAAAUUCUUCACUUUCAAAAAAUCCAAAAUUAGUGCAUCUACUCCUAAAGUAAAGUCACCAGAAGUUGAUGUCAACGCAUCAGUUAAAAAUCCAGACCUCAGUCUGUCAGCCCCAAAAAUUGAUGCAGAUAUUAAAGCUCCAGAUGCCAGUUUGAACUUGCCCACAGCUAAUCUCGAAGGUCCCAAUGUUGAUAUAGAUGCCCCUAAAGGAAAGCUCAAAUUUCCAACACUAAAACGAUUAAAUUUCUCUAGUCCAAAAGUAAAAUCUCCUAGUUUUGAUGAACCUGACCUGAGCAUGUCAGCCCCCAAAGUUGAGAGCCCUAACGGCGAUCUGAGUUUACCCAAAGGAGCGGUUGAUGUCGAAUCUCCCGAUGUCGAUGGGUCUAAGAGUAAAAUAAAGUGGCCGUUCAAACGCUCAAAUCACGGAUCUAUUGGAUCAACCAUAGAUACCGUCGAUGCAAACAUGGACGACAGUGAGGUCAGUGCUAACGCAGAUGUGAAACUUCAAAAAAGUUUGCCCAUGUUCAAGACACACCGACUUCCCAACAGCAAAUUUGAUGAACUGCAAGACGCUACUGAAGCUGUUGACUCUGUUGACCUGAACACCAACCCCAUUAAAACAGAAUCACCGUCUGCGACCUUCUCAGUUCCCACUGUUCCCAGGGUCAGAGCUGGGUGGAAAUCAUCCACAGGAACUCUCCAUUCCAACGCAAACUCACAAUCUAUAGACAUCAAAGAAAGACUACGGCUUUUCACAACACGUUCCAUGUACAAUCUCACGACGCCGUCUGAUUCAGCGAGCUCUGAACUCCCAGACACUCCUACAAAUGUGAGACAAGGAACAUUUAAAGUGAUAGAUCCUGACUCGGAAAAGGAUUAUCCGCUAGUGAACUCGACUAGCAAAAAAGAUAAACUUUCUCUGAGUCUUAACAACAUGCUCGGUUUGAACAACAGCUCAGAUGCAGAAAAUUAGCUUCAAGUCUAAAUUUUGACCAUUUUAUAAUAUUACAAAUUUAUUAUUAUUAUUAUUACAUUUCUUUUGUUUACAUUACUGUUAUGGGUGUCUUUUUUUUAUCACUAGACAUAAAUAUAAAGAAAUUGUUCACGUACUUUUACAGAAUUAUGUAAAAAAAAAAAAAAAAAGAGAGAAUUUAAAAAGUUUAUGUUUACAUGGGUGAAGUUUAAUAUCUUGCCAUAUAAUUAUAAAACUUGUCAUUAUUUUGUACAAAGUGUCAGUAUGUCAUUCACCGACAUGUCAAACACGAUAUAUUCACAAGAAUUAUUAUAUGAAGGAACACAUUUACCAUUUUAUUUAGAAUAUAAACUACUGCAUGUGCAAUUAAAACUAAUAAAUACUGAAGAUCUUAAAUUACUUAAUACUUACAUCCUUUACAUGUAACUAUUACAUCAUACUUUAUUUAUCAGUAUUGUUGCAAAUGGGAAAUAAACUGGUUAUUUACAAUGCUAUUAGAAACUGUAAGAAACUUCCCUCUUCUUUAACUGUAAAAUAUUUACAUGUAUACCACUGUGUAUUUUU